AUGGCUACUGCGAGAAGGCUACCGGAGUGGCUGAAGGUGAAGGCGCCGGGCAGUGCGGGCUACCUGGAGCUUAGGCAGCUCGUGAGGUCGGAGGGGCUCAACACUGUUUGCGAAGAGGCUCAUUGUCCGAACAUUGGGGAGUGCUGGGACCGGGGAACUGCUACUUUCAUGGUACUGGGGGACAUCUGCACACGCGCGUGUUCGUACUGCGCGGUGAAGACGGGUAUGCCGACGACGCUAGACUUGCAGGAACCGGUGCGACUGGCGGAAACCGUGGAGAGAUUAGGGCUGCGAUAUGCGGUCAUCACAUCGGUGGACCGAGACGAUCUGCCGGACGGCGGGGCUUUCAUAUUCGCGCAGUGUAUCCGACAGAUUCGAAAGCGUCUGCCUUCGUGCAAGGUGGAGGUGCUGAUACCAGACUUCGAGGGGGACCCUGAUGCGCUGGCGAAGGUUAUGGAAGCGAAGCCGGAUACCCUGAACCACAAUAUUGAGACAGUGCGGCGAGUGUUCAGCCGCGUGCGUCCGAAGGGUGACUACGACAUGUCGCUGGAGCUGCUGGCGAACGCCAAGAGGCUGGACAGAGAUGCGGUCACCAAAUCGGGGAUGAUGGUCGGGCUUGGCGAGAGCUGGGACGAGAUUCUGGAGACGAUGCGGGACUUGCGGUCUGUUGACUGUGAUCUGCUGACGAUUGGGCAGUAUUUGCGCCCUUCAGGUAAGCAUGUGCCGCUGGCGCGGUGGUACACCCCGGGCGAGUUCGACGAACUGCGUCUCGAGGGCGAGGCGCUAGGAUUCAGGCAUGUGGCGUCCGGGCCGCUGGUGCGGAGUUCGUAUCACGCGGACGAGCAGCAUGCAGCAGCGAGUGGAGUGGAAGUGGGUUGA